AUGCGAGGUAAGGCCUCAGCUGGAUUUCUUUUUGACACAGAACCAAAAAGAUUAUUGCGUGCAAGACGACGAAAAGCUAGGCUGGAACUUUCAGAAGCAACCCCUAUCGUUUCUGAGUCUGAAAAAGAAGAAGCUGUUUCAGUUCAUUCGGAAGACUCCGAAGCCCUUUCUGAACCAAUGGCUGAAGCUCCACCACCUGCUGCGGAAAGACUUCUGGGUGAUUAUGGAGGUACAAAUGCUCCCACUGGAAGGUUAACAAUUAUAAACCAACCGCUCAAAGUUCACAAUUUCAAGAAGAAACUAGAAGUAAAUCUGAGAAACACUGGUGCUUCAAUAAAAAAUCUAGAAGUGCAAAUGAGUCAGAUUGCUCAACAACUCACAGAUUCUCAAACACCAAGUGCAUUACCGAGUGUUACAGUUACAAAUCCAAGAGAGCAUAAUAAUGUGAGUGCGGUAACCACAAGGAGUGGCAAGGCAAAAGAAGUCCCUGAAAAAGAUGAUGGCCAAGAAGACCAAUUGCUUGAAGUUGAUUUGGAGAUAAAAGAAAAUGAGGUUGUUAGUGAAGAGGUGACGGUACCUAAACCAGUGGUUAAAGAAAAAUUUAGUGAAUCAAAGCCGGUUGUCAAACUCCCUUUCCCCGCAAGAAAUAAGAAGAAAGAGCAACAUGAGAAGAACUUCGAGAAAUUCUUGGAGAUGUUCAAAAAGCUUGAGAUUAACAUUCCGUUCUUGGAGGGUAUGAAGAUUCCGGUAAAGAAAAAAGAUCGAGGCUCGGUAACUAUCCCUUGCACUAUCGGGGAUAGAUCUUUCAAAAAGGCCCUUAUAGACUUGGGGACAAGUGUGAGUCUCAUGCCGUUAUCCAUCUACAAGAGGUUGGGGAUUGGAAAAGUGCAAGAUACCAGAAUGACACUUCAAUUUGCUGACCACUAUGUGAAGAUACCUUAUGGAGUGGUGGAAGAUGUUCUGGUGAAGAUUGAUAAGUUUGUAUUUCCGGUAGACUUUGUGAUCUUAGAAAUGUCGGAAGAUGAAGAGAUACCACUCAUUCUUGGUAGACCAUUUUUGGAGACCGGGAGAUGUUUGAUAGAUAUAGAAGAGGGCACCAUGACUCUAAAAGUUUAUGACGAAGAGUUAAAAAUUGAUAGAGUUCUAAGUCUAUCAAUCUCUGAAGACACUCAAGAAGUUGAUGAAAAGGAAAUGGAAGUGUUAACUAUAAUGGCAAUACAACCGCCCUUUAAGGGAUCCCGAUCACCCCGAUGGGAAAACUUAAGGGAACCCCAAGUUGAGGAAAAGAAAGAUGAGACCAAGAAAGUGGCUGAGCUGAAACAAUUGCCUGAAAAUCUCAAGUAUGUUUUUCUAGAUCCCGAAAGGAAAUGCCCGACUAUUAUAAGCUCUAAUCUAGAGGUUUCUCAAGAAGACAAGCUUGUCAAGGUUUUGAAGAAGCACAAAAGUGCAAUGGGAUGGGCGAUAGAAGACUUGAAGGGAAUUAGCCCUACAGUGUGUAUGCAUAAAAUUCUCAUGGAGGAUGGUCACAAACCAGUGGUGCAACCACAAAGAAGACUAAAUCUCGUAAUGAAGGAAGUGGUUAGGAAAGAGGUUGUUAAACUGUUAGAUGUCGGGUUCAUAAGAGAUUUCUCCAAGAUAGCUAAACCCUUAACUAUCCUGUUGGUUAAGGACAAGGCUUUCAUUUUUGAUAAAGAGUGUGCCGUUGCUUUUGAAACUAUAAAAAAUAAAUUGGUGACGGCACCUAUUGUCAUUGCUCCUGAUUGGUCUCUACCAUUUGAGAUCAUGUGUGAUGCGAGUGACAUUGCAGUAGGAGCAGUUCUUGGGAAACAUAGAGAUAAACUGUUGCAUGUCAUAUAUUAUGCUAGUCAUGUGUUGAACCCUGCACAGAUGAAUUACGCGACUACUGAAAAGGAGUUGCUAGAUGUGGUCAAAGCCUUUGAUAAAUUCAAGCAAUAUCUGUUGGGUUCUAGAGUCAUUGUUUAUACUAACCAUGCUGCUUCGAAGUAUUUAUUUGCUAAGCAGGACUCUAAGCCAAGACUGUUGCGAUGGAUCCUGCUCCUCCAAGAGUUUGAUGUGGAAAUUCGUGACAAAAGAGGGUGUGAAAAUACUGUGGCAGAUCACCUCUCCCGGAUGUCCCCCGUAGAGGAGAAUGAGGAAAAGCGUCCAAUAAAGGAUGAGUUUGUUGACGAACACAUCCUUGCUGUUAUUGGAAUGCCUUGGUUCUAUUUGUGGGAUGACCCAUUUUUUUUCAAGAAAGGAGUAGAUGGGUUGGUCAGAAGAUGUGUUCCCGAAGAAGAACAGAGGGAUGUUCUGAAAGCUUGUCAUGAUUCUGACUAUGGUGGACACUUUAGUGGUGAUCGAACCGCUGCCAAAGUCCUCCAGUCAGGCUUAUACUGGCUGAUACUUUUCAAAGAUGCUCAGAAAGUAAUCAAAGAGUGCGAUAAGUGUCAAAGGAUGGGAAACAUCUCGAAAAGAAAUCAGAAGCUACAAAACCCCAUGCUGGAAGUUGAACACUUCGAUGUUUGGGGUAUUGACUUUAUGGGACCGUUUCCUCCUUCAUUUGGAAAGAAUUACAUUUUAGUGGUGGUGGAUUAUGUAUCCAAGUUUGGAGUGCCAAGAGCUCUAAUAAGUGAUGAAGGAACUCACUUCUUAAAUCACCUAAUGGAGAAGCUACUCUUGAAGUAUAAUGUAAAACAUCAGAUAGCCACUCCGUACCACCCGCAAACAAGUGUUCAAGUUGAAGUGUCAAAUAGGCAGCUGAAACAAAUCCUAGAGAAGACGGUUAAUGCUUCUCGCAAGGAUUGGGCGAGUAUGCUUGAUGACGCGCUUUGCGCAUAUCGUACUGCUUUCAAAACACCGAUUGGUACGAAUAUGUCUCGGCGAGUAGAAAAAAGGAAAAAUGUGGUGGAAUCAUCCCGUCCACGACAAAGGGCGAGAAGAACCCCGAAUGAGCACGACAUUAUGUUCGAGAACCUGGAGCACCAAAAGAGGUGGAAUGGAACGAAAAAAGAAUACUACGGUAUGUUGCAGUUUCGAUUAUUUAAUACUGAUAUGGAAUUGACUGUGGAUGAGUUAGGGAGGAUCUUAAAACUCCCAAUCGUAGGCCCUGGAGCGGUGUCCGAUACCUUUGUCCCGGCGGAAUUUUGGACCGCCAUACCAGCUUUUGCAGCUGACUACUUAGGUAGAGUUGGUCGCGCUACUUCAGGCGACAUUUCUGUUGGCGGCAUGAUUACUCAGAUUGCCGAUCAUUUUGGAUUUGGUGCCGCACUGGCUGACUCUCCACAGGUGCCAGGUAAAACCAAACUGGACAUGGCCGCCUUGAUCCAACAAUGUAUGAUUGCGGUAAAACAAGAUUAUUACUCUCUUAUUUUCCAAAAAGUCCAUGUCCUUGCUUUACCUGCUUAA